CUGAGAGGCGUUGGCCAGAGGAGGUGCUGGAGCAAGGCCCCGAGUGGUGCACGAGUAUCCCAGGACCGACCCAGCUUGGGCCUUGACCGGAGGCUGGCCCUACCACAGGCUCACCCCAUGUCAGCCCAGGGCAAGUGCUGGCCCAGCUUUUCCAGCCUGACUGGCAGAGCAGCUCGUGUCAGCAGGCCGCCGCAACGGUGCUGGAGGACAGCGAGAUCAACACAGGGCUCUCCUGCCUGAGCUGGGCUCAGUGCUGGGUGAUACCACAAAGAGUGUGACAGCCCUCCAGACAGCCGCCCCAGAAGAUGGAAGACAAAAGUGAUUUGAAGACCUUUUGGACACAGUUGGGAGGUAGAAGAGUGGAUGCCAUAUUUGAGCAGGUGCAAAAUGUGCUGCUUUUGCUAAAGGAAAAGAUCAAGAAUGGAACUGCCACAAACCAAGAAUGCUGGCAAGCUUGGGCACUGGUGAAUGAAGCUAAUGUAGGUGAUCUCUUAACCUUGACAAAUGUAAGUGAUGUGUUUGACAGAGAUGGCAUACAGGAAACCAAACCCAAACUGCAGCCUCGUCUUACAGAUGACAACACUGCAAAGUCUGUAGAAGGUUCUCAAAGCAGAAAGAAGGAGGUGGAAAAAACAGGUUCAGGGAGUAAAGAAGCAUCUAGUAAAAUUCAAGAUUUACCUUCGCACCUGCAGUAUCAGAACCACAAGUGCUCUAGUGCAUGUCUUGCCAACAGAGCAGCAGGCUUCUACAAGGGGGAAAAUCCUCUUAAGAUACCGAUCCUGUUUCGCUUCCAAAGACGCCAUGCAAAAGCAGACUGCCUUUCCAAAUCACUGGAUGUGAAUUACAAAGCUCCAUGUGGUCGGAGUCUAAGAAGCUUUCAAGAUGUACAAAAUUAUUUGUUUGAAACUGAGUGCAAUUUCUUAUUUGUUGAUUAUUUCUCCUUCAACACAUAUGUACUGUUGGGCAGGAACACUGUAAAUCCAGAACCCCUUGUGUUUGAUUCUGAUAUUAGCCAUGGAGCCGAGUCUGUGCCUGUUUCCUUCUGCAACGAUAUUGACUGUGCAAGGUUACCUUAUUUCAAAUAUCGGAGGGCAUCGUGGCCACGUGGAUAUUACCUCAACAACUUAUCCAGCAUGUUUGUUGAUUCAUGUGGCUGCACAGAUGGCUGCAUUGAUAGGUCAAAAUGUGCAUGCCUACAGCUAACUGCAAGAGGCUGUAGUAAAACUUCUUUAUCUCCAAGUGGUAAAACAUCCUAUGGAUACAGUUACAAAAGACUAGAGCGACCUGUUCCUAGUGGAAUUUAUGAGUGUAGUGUGUUGUGCAGGUGUGACAAGAUGAUGUGUCAGAACAGAGUUGUACAGCAUGGCAUUCAAGUCAGGUUGCAAGUGUUCAACACGGAGAAGAAAGGCUGGGGCGUCCGCUGCCUAGAUGAUAUCGACAAGGGGACUUUUGUCUGUACUUACUCAGGCAGAUUAAUGAGCAGAGCUGAAGUUCAAGUACUGGGAGAUGCUGGUCAAGAGCUGAAAGAAAAGAAUGCUGUGAAUAACAGAGGCCAUGGCUUUUUUUCCAAAAAAAGAAAACUUGACACUGAUUGUUCAAACUCUGUGAUUGAACUAGUGCAGACUGGCAAAAAUGACAUUCCUGAGAAGCAAGGAUCUUUGUCUCAGAUUGUGGAUAAUGAAAAUAAAUCAACCAUGGUUCAUCCAAGGAAUUUAAGCCUUGACACUGCAAGAAGGCCUGGAACUAGAACAGUUAUUUUUCAUAAUCACAGGCAAAAAAAGGUGGAAAUUGAUACAAUGGUGCACAGUGCCACCUCAGAUGAAGAUAAUAGUUCUCAGAUUCAUCAGUCAAGCAAAACAAAACUAACCAGUGGAUCAAAGACAGGAAAAGAAAAAUCCACUCAACAGCAAAAGGAAGCACAUCCAGUGGAAAUUGGACAGACUGAGUCUGCUGAUGUGGACAGUGCAGAAUGCAAAAGAAAGAAUGUGUCUCUGCAGGGUGCUGAUUGUGGCAAGUCAGGUGUGCUGGAUGACAUGUGUGUUAUGAGGCCAUUCAAAAACGUACCACUAAAGGCUGACUGCAAAAAGGAAAAUCACAGGCAGUCGAAAGACCCAUUUUGUGAGGAGGCUGAUGGUGACAGGAUGCAUCUGAAAAAUGCUAAUGAAGGAAAUAUUUAUGUACUGGAUGCCACAAAAGAAGGAAACGUGGGUCGUUUUCUUAAUCCUUUUUGGGGGGUCCAGAGAUCAAAUGGCACAUCUUGUUGAACCACAAGGUUUCUCCCAGCCUUGUUGGUUUUUGUUCCCAGCCAUUGUAUAUUCUAGCUUCUGCUGAUUUAGGGUAAGUGUUGUGAUAUUGUAGGAAAUUUCCCUACUGUUCCAUCGUAUGUUCAGAAAGUAGUCUGUCAUAUUGUGUACAUAUCUGGUAAAUAACUCUCAGUUUUGACUUGCCAAGAAAAAGUAAUGAAUUGCCAAGUACAGCAACUAAGACAAAUAGUUCAUAGACACGUUUGCAUGUACUCUGCAAGUAACUUGUUUCUCUUCAUUGGCAUGAAUAUGUGUGUUACAGCAAAAUCUUUGCAUAUAUUUAAGGUGUUCCACCUUGCAGAGAUAAUAUGGUGUUAAGAUUAGUAGCACAUCUUGCUGAAACCUUUCUUCUGCAUCCAGGAACAUACACGUGUUUCUAUGGGCACCUGAAUGACCUUUCACAUCUUGUAUCUCUUUGCCAAUAUACACAAUUAUUUAAUCUGUUCCUUGCUCCCUGAUACUAGUACUGCUCCCCUGGCUGCCAGCAAGAGCAUCUGUCAUGUACUGAGUAUUUGUGGUGCAUCCUAAAUCUAAGAUGAAUUCUAUCCAUAAAUUUCUGGAGGACAGCUUGAUAAAAUAACUUGGUUUUCCUAGGCAAAAAUACUUUCAUAAUAUGAUGGAAAU